AUGGGUGCCAGACGCCAACGGGGGUGGCCAAAACCCAGAGGAUGGGUUAAGGGAAAACUGGUUGGAUGUGGAUCAUUCGGCACUGUCCAUUUGGCGAUGAACAAAUCCACCGGUGGCCUUUUUGUGGUCAAAUCAUCACAUUCCGGGGUUGGACGCGAGGCUUUGGAUAAAGAGGUGAAAAUCCUCAACACGUUUAAUUCUUCUCCAUACAUUGUUCAAUGUUUGGGGACAGAGGAGGAACAAGGCAAACUGAAUGUGUUUAUGGAGUACAUGGCAGGAGGUAGUUUGGCAGAUGUGGCACACAAGUUCGGUGGGUCAUUGGAUGAAGAGGUGGUUCGUGUUUAUACCAGGGAAAUUCUUCACGGCCUAAACCAUCUUCACCAGCAUGGAAUUGUGCACUGCGAUCUCAAGUGCAGGAACGUGCUUCUGGGUCCCUCUGGCAACGUCAAGCUGGCAGACUUUGGAUGUGCGAAAAGGGUAUCGGACUUGUCAAAGUCCAGUGGUGGGACUCCUCUGUGGAUGGCUCCUGAAGUGCUGAGGAACGAGUCUGUGGAUUUUGGUGCGGAUAUAUGGUCCUUGGGAUGUACUGUUAUCGAGAUGGCCACUGGCACUCCUCCUUGGGCUCAUGAUGUUUCAAACCCCGUCAGUGCUGUGCUGAAGAUUGCCCAUGGUGAUGCUAUACCUCCGUUUCCACCCCAUUUCUCUAAGGAGGGCUUGGAUUUCUUGAGCAAGUGCUUGCAGAGAGACCCCAGUAAGAGGUCUACUGCUGAGCAGUUACUUAACCAUCCCUUUGUUACCUCAACACCUUCUCACCAACGUAAUGCUUCCUCACCCGCAAGUGUCUUGGAUGUUCAUAAUUUCAAAGACACCUGUGAUAUUGAUGAAUUCGAAACUUCCGAGGGGAAUGAUUUCUCAAUCACAAACACAUUUGCAUCUUACAACAGUGACGACCCCAAAGGAGUUGCAGUAUGUAAAGUGGAAGACAGUGCUUUGGGCUCAUCAGGGAAUUGGAUUACUGUUAGAACAUGCUGA